UUUUUUUGAGUCUUGCAAUUACACGAAUUUUUUUGUGUGCUUUAACUUCAGUUGCACUAUAUCAAUAUCGUAAAUAAUUUCUCCAUGUCCACUGUUUCAUUACUAUAUAUCAAGCAUGCUUAACUCUGAAUAUAACCAACAAUUAAAUAAAUACACUUAAAAAAUAUAUUGAUAACCAAAACAAUUUUGUUAAACCUUUUAGUAUAUAUACCAUAAAUAGGAAUCACAAUUCACCUAAUUCAAUGGACGAACAAAAUGAUUGUAAGCAAAUAAUAAGAAUGGAUAUAAUUUCGUUGCUGACAUGCUCUAUAAGACGAGGUUCCAAGUUUCUCAACUUCUCGGGAAGCUCACCAUCAGGACCGCAGAGCAUCUCCAAACUAGAACAGGGCAAGUUCUUUUCAGACUUGCAAGCAUAUUACAAAAAUUGGUGAUAGAAAUUGCUUAUACACAAAAUUUGAAUUGAUAGGUGUGUAUAUGCAACUAAACACUACACCUCAGUUGAAUUUCAGCAUGAACAAGAGACCAGGAAUAGUUUUAACAUAUGUGAUUCAUCUUCUAGUCCUAUUGUUAGGCAUGUAAUACUGUUGAAUCACUAUCAAUGUGAAAUAAAGAACAAAAACAAGGUUUUUUUAAUAUAGUAAUUAACAAUCAUUUACCAUGUUCUGGUUGAGUCAUCGAGCGUAUCAUCGGUCUUUCCACAGUCGUAUUUCAAACACUAUUCCCGCUAGAUUUAACUGGAGGAACAAAAUUACCACGGUAUCCAGGUCUUAAAUUAGGUGUUAAAACUUAACACGCACGUACGUAGUGAUUAGAGAAAAGGAAAAUCACUUUGAAAUUUUCCAUUUUUUUUUCCUUACCCAACUCCAAGGCUCCAUUAUAAAUACAAAGGAGGAGCAUUAAUCACUAUCACCAAUUAUUCAUUCAUUCGCUCGUUGUGGCUUCCCAUAAAAAAAACUAGGUUUAUUGUUUUUCUAUUUCAAAGUCUUUCGGUUGUGGUUGAUUCAGACACUUACCGUAGUUGUGUUUCGUCUUCUCCUCACAACGCCAACAGAAGCUAUGGGGUCGUUUAUAAAGCAACUAUUCUUUAGUUUAUUGGAAAAAACCAAAGGAAGAAACAAACUCUCGAGUCUCAACAAGGAAGAAAAGAAGAAGAAGAAGAAGAUGGAGAAGAAGAAGAAGAUGAAACUACACCUAGUGCUUGACUUGGAUCAGACGCUUCUCCACUAUGUCCCUGUUUCAGAGCUUUCUGAUAAAGAAAAAUAUAUAAUGCAAGAACUUGAUUCAAGGGGUGAUCUACUGAGUUCGUUUAACGGAGGAACUCCCAGGCAUCUGAUAAAGUUACGACCUUUCCUCCGCGAGUUUCUGAAAGAAGCCAACAAGCUUUUCCGCAUGCACGUUUACACGAUGGGCACGUACGGCUACGCGCGGUAUAUAUUGAGUGAGAUUGAUCCUGGUAAAAGAUAUUUUGGAAAUAGAGUCAUAACCAGAGAGAAAUCCCCUCAUAACAAGACUCUUGAUCGUAUCUCUGCUGAUCAACGAAGAGUGGUUAUUGUUGAUGAUAAUGCUAGUGCUUGGCCUCAACACAAGCCAAACUUGGUGCAGGUCAAACAGUACAUUUAUUUCAGAUACCAGAUGACGAAUAAUGAUUCGGAAGAAGAAUUUUACUCUCACGCAGAGAAGAAGAGCGACGAGAGUCGAAGCAAUGGAUCAUUGUCUAAGGUUCUCAAAAUCCUUCAGAAAGCUCACACAAGAUUCCAACAAGAAGAGGAUUCUUACGACUUGAGGCUUUUGAUACGUGACUGAUCCUCCUCCUUGCACACACACACACACACCACUGUUUGUUGAUUUUGAC